UUGAGCCGCAAACGGGCCGGGACAGAGAGAUAGGGAGCUGUCCGCGCGCCCCCCACCCAGGGACCUGGUGCCGGGGCGGGAGUCGGCUUACACAGCACAGGCUGCUCAGGCCCGCCCUGGAAUGGCCGUGAACUUGUUGUUUUUCCACGUCAGUUGCUCUCAGAUGUACUAUCAGGCCGGCGAUGCUAACCCUGCGGCGGCAGGUCCCUCCUUGUAACAAGCGAGUGUGUGUUCUUCGGAGGUGGCCAAGGGGAGGAGGGGGCCCGCGAGAGGUGGGGGGAAGGGAAGCAAGCCUCUGCGUACAGUGAGCUUGCGUGUCCCGGAGCCAGCUCCCCCCCAAAGCACAUGCCAUUUCUGGCCCCCGAAGGGGUUAAAGGCCUCCUGGAGUCAAAAACAAGCAGGUGUCCCACCGUGCCAGAUACGCCGCCUAAACUGCUUCCAGCUUUUUUUUUCCUCUUCUGCAACAAGUCUGUGAUUAGCCACAGGACAGAGAAGCCAGCAGCCUGCCUGUGACAGGCGUCAGGUUAGCUCGCUCCCACUCGGGUGGCGCGCCCAGGACAUAAAUCCAGGCUCGGGCCCCUGUGCGGCUCCUCUUCCUGCACCCCCCGGAGAGGGAGCUCCCUUUAUCUGAGGCCGCACAGCCUGGAGGGCUCCGCUGGCUGGGUGGAGGCAGCCGCAGCCCCAGCAGCAGCGAGGAGGCCUGCUGGGGUGGGCAGGGCAGGUGUCUGCAGCCCCCGAGGAGCAGAAGGCCCUGGGGGCCCCCCCCGCCCUGGCCUCGUCUCAGGGGAGGUCUCUGGCUGCCUCAGACCGCACCAUGUGGGCCCCGGGGCGCCGCCAGUCCCCCGCUGGGGGCAGGUGGCAGCACUGCUGGGGGCAGGUGGCAGCACUGCUGCUGCUGCUGCUUGGGGUACCCCCGAGAGGCCUGGCACUGCCACCCAUCCGGUAUUCUCAUGCUGGCAUCUGCCCCAACGACAUGAACCCCAACCUCUGGGUGGACGCCCAGAGCACCUGCAAGCGGGAGUGUGAGACAGACCAGGAGUGUGAGACCUAUGAGAAGUGCUGUCCCAACGUGUGCGGGACCAAGAGCUGUGUGGCAGCCCGCUACAUGGACGUGAAGGGGAAGAAGGGCCCUGUGGGCAUGCCCAAGGAGGCCACGUGCGACCACUUCAUGUGUCUGCAGCAGGGCUCCGAGUGUGACAUCUGGGAUGGCCAGCCCGUGUGCAAGUGCAGAGACCGCUGCGAGAAGGAGCCCAGCUUUACCUGCGCCUCCGACGGCCUCACCUACUAUAACCGCUGCUACAUGGACGCCGAGGCCUGCUCCAAAGGCAUCACCCUGGCCGUCGUCACCUGCCGCUAUCACUUCACCUGGCCCAACACCAGCCCCCCGCCCCCCGAGACCACUGUGCACCCCACCACGGCCUCCCCGGAGACCCCUGGCCUGGACACGGCGGCCCCGGCGCUGCUCAACCACCCCGCACACCAGUCGGUCACCGUGGGCGAGACUGUGAGCUUCCUCUGCGACGUGGUGGGCCGGCCCCGGCCAGAGAUCACUUGGGAGAAGCAGCUGGAGGAUCGGGAGAACGUGGUCAUGGGGCCCAACCACGUGCGUGGCAACGUGGUGGUCACCAACAUCGCCCAGCUGGUCAUCUAUAACGCCCAGCCCCAGGAUGCUGGCAUCUACACCUGCACCGCCCGAAACGCCGCCGGUGUCCUGCGUGCUGACUUCCCGCUGUCAGUGGUCAGGGGCGGGCAGCCUUCGGCCACCGCGGAGAGCAGCCUCAACGGCACGGCCUUCCCCGCAGCCGAGUGCCUGAAGCCCCCCGACAGCGAGGACUGCGGCGAGGAGCAGACCCGCUGGCACUUCGACGCCCAGGCCAACAACUGCCUGACCUUCACCUUCGGCCACUGCCACCGCAACCGCAACCACUUUGAGACCUACGAGGCCUGCAUGCUGGCCUGCAUGCGCGGGCCGCUGGCUGUGUGCAGCCUGCCCGCCCUGCAGGGGCCCUGCAAGGCCUACGCGCCCCGCUGGGCCUACAACAGCCAGACGGGCCAGUGCCAAUCCUUUGUCUACGGCGGCUGCGAGGGCAACGGCAACAACUUUGAGAGUCGCGAGGCCUGCGAGGAGUCCUGCCCCUUCCCCCGGGGGAACCAGCGCUGCCGGGCCUGCAAGCCAAGGCAGAAGCUCGUUACCAGCUUCUGUCGGAGUGACUUCGUCAUCUUGGGCCGAGUCUCCGAGCUGACGGAGGAGCCUGACUCGGGUCGCGCCCUGGUGACCGUGGACGAGGUCCUGAAGGAUGAGAAGAUGGGCCUCAGGUUCCUGGGCCGGGAGCCGCUGGAGGUCACUCUGCUCCACGUGGACUGGACCUGCCCCUGCCCCAAUGUGACCGUGGGUGAGACGCCACUCAUCAUCAUGGGCGAGGUGGAUGGCGGCAUGGCCAUGCUGCGGCCCGACAGCUUCGUGGGAGCGUCGAGCACCCGGCGGGUUCGGAAGCUGCGUGAGGUCAUGCACAAGAAAACCUGCGACGUCCUCAAGGAGUUCCCGGGCUUGCAGUGAAGCCCUCCGCCCCUCCCGGCCCCCCUCCCCAACCCUCGUCCAUUUUCCCACCCCCGGAGUUCCUCAGUCCACAAACUGGGCAAGGUCAGAUUAGACGGUCUUAGGUCUUAGGCCAGUAGGGGAAGAUCCAUGAAUGCAUUGGUCUGAGAUCCUUACUCUUUGGUUCAAUAAAGAGGGGUCUGUGUCUUUUUUAGCGGAGGGGGACAAAGCAGAGGUCAACAGACACCUGCAGGUUAUUCCUGAGACCGGUCUGCUCUGGCCUUGUUAGCGUCUCUCUCUGCUGGCCAUCUCCCAGCUGCCCUGUCCCCAGCCAGGCUCCCAGCCAGGAUGCUAAAGAUGGCGGCUGCAUGGUGGUCACAGAAAUAGUUGGAUGAACUGGUUUGCAAAAGGGGUAGGUGGGGAUAAAAAGGAGGGCCCAGGAACUGAUGGGACAAAUUCCUCACAGCACCCCCCUCCCCGGCAGAGCUUUAUGAGCAGGAACCACUUCAUGGUGAGGGUUGUGGGAUGGAGAAAGCAGGGAGGCAUGGUCCAAGCCAGGGCACAAUGGCCCCUGAGUGGAGGCUGCUGGGCAGGUGCCUUUGGGGGGUGGCCAGCCUGUGCUUUGGUCAAGCUGGCCCGGCAGGCAGUCUCUCAGGCCGCAGAAUACACGUUUCUCUUGUUUCUCCUCCUUGGCUUUAUCGAUUGCUUUAUUGGUUGAUUGAUGGAUUUGGUUCUGUUCCAUCCAACACUUACUGGGCGCCAGGUGCUCAGACCCCGGAGAGAUGUAAGUCACUGCCCAGCUCAUAGUGACGGAACACAAAUGUCCAGGUCCCAGGGCUCCUGCAGAAAGAAGCUGGCUGGCUCUCCCAGUUGCCAAAAAGUCCUAUUUAACAGACCGUGUGCGUUCAGCUGCCCUUGGCUUCCUCGGACAUAAAGAAGAGAGGAGCCCCCAGAUUUGUUUUGGUGGGAAGAGGAACGACGGAAGAGGAAAAGCAGGCAGGGAAGGGGGGUGGUGAAGGAAUAAGGAAGGAGGGAAGAAGGGAGGCAGGCAGGCUUGGGAAGGAAAAGGAAUGUUGCUUGAGGCUCCCAUCUGGUGGUAGAUUCAGGAACUGCAGGGACCAGGAAGGAGGCUUUAGGUGCGGCCGGGGGAGGGGUAACCUUAGGGGAUGUGGCAGCUCUGUUGGUGAUUUCUGUUUCUGGAGUUCCUGUGCAGGUCCUGCCGCCCCACCACCUGAUAAAGGACUUGGGAAACCCACUGUCAGCUCUUUGUCUACCCCCAUUCCCUCCUUAGCCUUUCAUUCUGUCCAUGCCCCUCCAAAGCUGGAGAAGGUCAUUGUGGGAGUUCUCUUUUCUUCCUCAAAUGUAGGGGGAAGAUACCAAUUAAAAGCUCAUAGUCUCAACAGUC